AGUCUGCUCCGGACGUCACGGCCCCGGGGCUGAAGAUGGCGGCGGCGGCGGUGGCGGGGCCGGCGAUCCCGGGGCGGCUGCAGCCCCAGCCCGAGCCCCAGCCCCCAGCCCCGGCGGGCGGAAGCCGCUGCUCGCUGCUGGUCAUCGUGGGUGGCGAGUGCGCCCGGCCGGGCCUGCUCCGCCCGGUACUGGCCCAGCUAGAGAGAGGGAUCCGGUCUUGGGACGUCGACCCGGGAAUUUGUAACCUGGAUGAGCAGCUGAAAAUAUUUGUGUCCCGUCACUCAGCCACGUUCUCCAGCAUUGUGAAAGGUCAAAGGAGCCUCCACCACCGGGGAGAAGAACUAGAAACCUUGGUGCUGCUGAACCCUUCAGACAAGUCCCUAGUCGAUGAGCUGCGUAACCUGCUCCUGGAGCCUUCCUAUCAUAAGCUGCUGGUGCUGGCUGGUCCCUACGUGGAAGAGACGGGGGAGCUCCUGCUGCAAACGGGCGGCUUCUCCCCCCGGCACUUCUUCCAGAUCCUGUCGGAUAAAGAGAUUGAGGACCUCCGGAGCUCUGCACCUUCCUCGGCCCUUCCAACACUCACCAUCACCUGCCCUGACUUUGGGGAGUGGGCAUACCCUGGAUUGGAUGGGUCUGGCCUCCAAGACUUUGUACAGCUCCAACUGAAUCCCCCCGGGCGCCGGCCGGAGUCGGAAGGGCUUCGAGAGUUCCUGGAGUAUGUGGCCGAGUCCCUGGAGCCUCCCUCGCCCUUUGACCUGCUGGAGCCCCCCUCCACGGCAGGAUUCCUAAAGAUCUCUCGGCCUUGCUGCUACGUCUUCCCCGGUGGACUGGGCGACGCUGCCUUUUUUGCCGUCAAUGGGUUCACCGUGCUGGUGAAUGGCGGCUCUAGUGCCCGAUCCAGCUUUUGGAAGCUGGUGAGGCACCUGGACCGUGUGGACGCGGUGCUGGCGACCCGGGCCGACAGCCUGCCAGGCAUCAACAGCCUUCUCCGGAGGAAGCUGGCAGAGCGGGAUGAGGAGGCUGCGGGAGUGGUCUCUGGAGGCGGGCGAGGGAGUGAAGACUGGCUCCGGCACCUCAUUUCCCCUGACCUGGGCGUGGUCUUCCUCAACACUGGGGAGCGGCGACCCGUGUGGGGGGAUGACGAGGCCGGCUUGGCCCUGGGCUACCUGGAGCGGCUGGGCAUCAUGCCCACGCCCCUGUGCCGAGGCCCGGUGCCCUCUGAGCCCAUGGUGUUGUUCCUGAAGAUGGGCGUGGGCCGGCUGGACAUGUAUGUGCUUCACCCACCACGGGCUGGUACUGGCCGGGAGUCUGCCCUGCCAAGCCUGGCGGCCUCAGCCUGUGCCCUGCUGGUAUGGCACCCUGCCAGCCCCACAGAGAAGAUCGUGCGUGUCCUUUUCCCCGGCUGCACCCCGCAGAGCCGGCUCCUCGAGGGGCUGGCCAAACUGCAGCACCUGACUUUUCUCCGACAGCCGGUGGUGACCCCCCAGGACCUGGAGGCCCCGGCGCCAGGCCCAGGCCGGGCAGAGAGCAAGGAAAGCCUGCGCUCUGUCUCCAGGAGCAGCCUGACUGAUGGCGCCCGACCAGCCAGGACUGAGAGGAAGGAGGCCAAACCAGCCACUGCCAGAGAAAGGCCCCGGGGCCCGGGGGAGGAAGUUCCCAAGCCUGGCAAGGAGCGGAGCCUCCCAACUAAGAAAGAUGGAGUUCGGGGGGAGGCCCCAGUGCGUAAAGAAGAGAAGAAGAUCAGCCGGAAAGAGGAGGGGGCCCCCAAGAAAGAACCCCGGGCAGAGGGGAAGCUCAAGGCCGACUCCCUCAAGAAGGACUCCAGAGCAGAAGAUAAGAAAGCGGGGGUCACCAGGACGGCCAGUCGCCGGACGACCUCGGCAGUGGCUGAGCAGCCCCUGCCCUCCCGCCCCGGGAGCAUCCGGAGGAGCAACAUCCACCCCACCCCCAAGGGUCCUGACAAGAGCCACACUCGGGCACCCCUGAAGGAUCCUGGAACCUCCAAGUCAGGCACUUCCAAAAGCAGGGAAGCAGCCCGGACCCCGGGCCCUGGGGGUGACUCUGCCCCAGAAGGCGAGAGCCCAUCCGUCUUCCGCUGUACCGACGGCUGUCCCUCUUCCACCCCAGGCUCCCCGUCCCCCCUGGCCAAGACACCCCCUGGCGAGCAAAGCCUGGAGCUGGGCCUGGGCUUGACUCCUCCUUUGGAGGGGCUGAUGAACCACGUUGGGGAAGCUGGUGAGGAUGGAGGAGGUGGCGGCAGCUCAGAGGAGAAGACCCUGGAGCUGAUGUCUCCAGCCAGCUCAGUGGCCCCCACACCCUCCCCUGCCGGCCCCCGGAGGCCCCCAGAGGGCGCGGAGCGGCUGGCCCUGAGCCCCUUCCGUGAGGCUGCCCCUGACGUCUCUCCCACGGUCACCACGCCCUCACUGCCAGCAGAGGUGGGCUCCCCACACUCCACAGAGGUGGAUGAGUCCUUGUCAGUCUCCUUUGAGCAGGUGCUGCCCCCCACAGUGGCAGCGGGUGAUGUGGAGCCCAGCAAGGUGGGGCUGAGCCUCCCACUAAGGGCGCCAGCCAUGCGGGCACCACGCUCGGCCUCGCCCCAUGAUGUGGACCUGUGCCUGGUGUCCCCCUGCGAGUUCGAGCACCCCAAGUCAGCCCUUUCUCCUGGAGGCCUACCCAGCCCCCGGGACAUCUCCAAUGACAGCAGUGCCCGCUCCCAGGAGCUGGCCCACGGGCACCGAGGGAGCUCAGGUCGCCCUGAGGAGACCCCACCCACUUCGGUGAGCGAGUCACUGCCCACCCUCUCGGACUCAGACCCCCCACCCACGGCAGAAGAUGGGCCCUCGCUGGCCCCGGACUCGGAGGAGGAGGACACGGAGAACUAUGGCCCUGCCAGGGAUCCCCUGCCUGCCCCCAUGAAAGACCCACCCCCCCUGCCCGCCCAGCCAGGCAUCUGCAUGGUGGAUCCUGAGACACUCCCCGCCGACCAUCUCAAACGCCGCGAAACUGCCAGCCGGGCCUCCUCCCGCAAGGCUCCCUCCCGGACAGGCCCUAGCCCGGGGCCUGCCAAGGCUGCCCCUGGGUCAGACCCCAAAGCCAAGGGGCCUCUUAGCCACACCCUUAGCAGUACCAGAAGUGGACCCACGGACAGAGGGCCCCGACUGAGCACUGAUGCCAAGGCAAGCUUGACCGGGCGUGGCGUGAGCAGUGCUGGGGCCAAGACGGGUCCCCGAGGUGUAUCAGGGUCAAUUCCAGGCCGAGCAGGCAGUUGUACCGUCCCCCCGGGACCCCCCAUCUACCUGGACCUGGCUUAUCUGCCAGGUGGGGCCAGUGCCCGCUCUGUGGAUGAGGAGUUUUUCCGGAGAGUUCGAGCCCUCUGCUAUGUGAUCAGUGGCCAUGACCAGGGCAAAGAGGAGGCCAUGAGGGGCAUCUUGGAUGCGCUGCUGUCCGGGAAGGAAUGCUGGGAAGCAGGUCUCCAGGUGACCCUCAUCCCUACGUUCGACUCCCUGGCCAUGCAUGAGUGGUACCAGGAGACGCAUGGGCGACAGCAGGACCUCGGCAUCACCGUGCUUGGCAGCAACAGUACCGUGGCCAUGCAGGACGAGACCUUCCCCGCCUGCAAGGUGGAGUUCUAGCCCUUCCCUGGCCACCUCUGACCCUCACCAGCACAUGUGUGUGUACAUACAUGGGCACACAUAGAGUCACACACCUGGAUGCUCAUGUGUGCACAGAUACAUCCUGGCACACGUGUGCGCACACACACAUCCAGGCACCACUGAGCCUUGGGCCAGAGACAUAGCCCAACUACCCUCUCCCUGGGGGUGGGCAAAGGGAAUUGGAGGUCAGGUCCCAGACUUUAGGAGGGGCCUCAGGACCUCCUACCCCACCCACCCCCCCAGCCCCCCACCAAUUCCCUCACAUAUCCAGGUUGUCUGUCUGCCCAACUUCACUGACACAGCAUUAAAAGGAGCUUCACUUCCUGCUCCACC